UUUGGCCUUUCUACUGAUAAGUUCCUAGUUGUCCUUUUCAGUAUGGAACUAGAUGACAUCAGUCUACAGAGCCAGAAACUAAGCAAAGCAGAGAAGAAGUUGCGGCAAAAGCUGAUGAAGGCCAGAUACACCUUACUAAGACAUGAGGGUAUUGAGUGUGUAUCAAACCCUACUAAGAGUCUGGUUAUUGCCAAUGGUGGUCUGGGUAAUGGUGUUGGUAGACACCAGCUGCACUCUGUGGUAGAAGAAUGUGGGCUGGUAGAAACCCUCUUGAUGCCUCCAAAUAAACCCUAUUCAUUUGUGCAGUAUGGGAGGACAGCUGACUCCAAGCAGGCCUAUGACUCCCUCAAUGGAAAGGAACUAAUACUAGAGAACUCCAGCCAAAAGGUUGUUCUGUACUUCAACUUUGUAGAAAAAGUUCCUUGGGAGGAUAUGACCCCUUCAGUCUUGCCCCCUGGUUUGAGAGUAAUUGAAGAGUUGGUUUCACCUGACGAAGAAAGGGAGCUCUUGGAAAGCAUUAAUUGGAUAGAGGAUGAGGUCAUUCCGCAUGCUCAGAAGUCUUUAAAACAUAGGAGGGUAAAACAUUUUGGAUAUGAAUUUAGGUAUGAUAACAACAAUGUUGAUCGAGAGCAACCAUUACCUGGAGGUCUCCCAGAUUUCUGUAACACAAUUCUUGCAAAAUGUCUGAAGAUGGGAUACAUUCACGAGAAACCUGAUCAACUGACUAUAAAUCAGUAUGAACCUGGACAAGGAAUCCCUCCUCAUAUUGAUACCCAUUCUGCUUUCGAAGAUGAAAUAAUAUCUCUAAGUUUAGGAGCUGAGAUUGUUAUGGAUUUUAAACAUCCUGAUGGACAUUCAGCUGCAGUUAUGCUGCCACAGCGUAGUUUGCUAGUGAUGUCUGGAGAAUCCAGGUACCUCUGGACCCAUGGCAUUACACCAAGGAAAUUUGAUGUUGUUCAAGCAUCAGAAGGAGAGAAAAUUGGAAGCAUCACUGCUGACAUCAGAAAUUUAACCUUAAACAAAAGGGGGAAAAGAGUAUCUUUCACUUUCCGGAAAGUAAAGAGAAACCCUUGUUGUUGCUCUUAUCCUUCUGUAUGUGACAGUCAGCAUAAAGAGAUGGCACUCUCAUUUCACAACAGUGACAAAGACGCCUCCGUGUUAGAGCAGAAGUAUGUCCAUGAAGUGUAUGAAGACAUUGCUACACAUUUCAGCAACACCAGGCAUAGUCCAUGGCCACAAGUAGUUGAAUUCCUUAAAGGCUUGCCACAUGGGGCUGUCGUGGCUGAUGUUGGCUGUGGCAAUGGAAAGUACUUAGGCACCUGCAAGGACUUGUAUAUGUUUGGCUGUGAUCGUAGUAAAACUCUGGUAGACAUCUGUGGAGAAAAGGGAUUUCAGGCUUUUGUGUGUGAUGCGCUCACUGUGCCAAUACGGAGUGGUUCGUGUGAUGCUUGCAUAUCCAUUGCAGUCAUCCAUCAUUUUUCAACAGUGGAGAGGAGGCUGGCUGUGCUCUGCGAACUGACUCGGCUGCUGAGAGCAGGUGGAAAGGCACUUGUUUAUGUUUGGGCAAUGGAACAGGAAUACCGGGAACAGAAGUCGAAGUAUCUGAAAGGGAAGAAGGCUAGUGAUAAAAGGCUUGGCAAAGAUGUCAGUGACGCGCUGAACAAAACAGGCAACAGUGAAUGCCAAGGUUUAGCACAGCCCAGCAAGGACUGUAAUCAGCCUAAGGGGAAGAGCAGCCAUCUAAACCAGGUGCCUCCUGCCAGCCUGCCAGUUCAUACGAACAGAACUUCCUUUGACUCCCAAGAUGUGUUGGUCCCUUGGCAUCUGAAAGAUGGAAGAAAGAAAAAGACAAGACCUGCCAAGCUUUGUCAGGCUCUGGAUGGCUCUGCAAACGUUCAGGAACCCAGCCCUGUUUUUCACCGCUAUUACCAUGUCUUCUGUGAAGGCGAACUGGAACGGCUGUGUAAACAGCUAGAUUGCGUAAAGGUGCAAGAAAGUUAUUAUGACCAAGGAAACUGGUGUGUGGUUCUUGAGAAGCAGUGAUGUAUUCACAGUUCCAGGGAGGCAGCUGGGUCUUUGAUGGACUCAUUAAUACAAUUAUUUCCAGGGUAUUUCUAAAACAUGCUUACUUUGGCAUUUGGCAUUUGGCUUUUAGUAUUGUGUUUACAAUUAAAAAAUAAAUACCACCUUUACAUGUUGCGAGGAGAGAGUGCUGUUUUUCUUCCCCGAUUUAAGAAAUUCUACCCAGAUGUAUUAGAUUUCAUGAUCAUUUAUU